GUCAAAAUCGAAUCAGUCCAGUCAAUGCCAUUGCCAUUUGUUGAACUUAUUACAGUAAUCGUCAGUCUUGUUUUGGUUUUAAUUAUUUUAUUAUAGAGAAACUGAUGUCUUUAAUGAAAAAGACUAGAAAUGAUGCUAUUAAAGCGGCGGUCACAUCCUACUUAGAACGACGGAAUUAUCCUGACAUAGAGGUGUUUAGCAAUAACAAUAAUCUGAGCAGAAGUGCUGAACAAAUGGCUGUAGCCACGAUAGUUCAGUGUGAAGCGAGUCGCGCCAAUUCAAUUCUGUUUUCUUGCAUUAACAACGACUCAAGUCAAUACGACAUUCAGUACACAAGAUUAGUUACCUUCAUUAAAGAGAUUAAAAAUGAAAAAGUUAAGAAUGAACUUCUGGGUUUAUUAUGCCCACUGCUUUGUCAUUUAUAUUUAGAAAUGCUGCGAGGUGGUCAUGGAGGACCGGCUCAAAUGUUCCUGAAGAGACAUGCUGCAGCAUUACCUCAGAAAGACUUGUCAUACCAUCAGCCUAUAGAUGGUAACCUACCAUCAGCUUUGUAUAGGCCAAAUAGUUUAGAGCAGUUAUUUAAUUCCUUACAAAAUGGCACAAUUGACAAUGAAACACCUGAGAAAGAUUACAUGAAUCAAAUACUAGAUGAUAUUGGCUCAAUUUACACUUUGCAGGAGGUAGAGACUAGGCCUUCAAUUGCUGCUUUCAGGUCUUGUAAAUAUGACAUUAGCCUUUCUCAAGAUGCUCUAAAUAUGUUAAAGGCAUACUUGGCCAAACAUGGGCAUGUGCUUCUCAUACAAGUAUUGCAAACAUGGUUCCACAUAGACAUAAACAAUGACCCAAAUAAAAAGAACUCUGAAGAUGAUGAAGAAGAAAUGGAAGAAGAAGUUAAUGUUACAAGAACUAAUUCAGAGGAAAAGAUAACAGAUACAAAUGAUAUAUUUGCGGAAUGCAAUGGACAUGCUGAAUAUCAAAGUAUAGAUAAGGAAUUAAAAGAUCUUCAGGAUGCAAUAAAAGCCGUAAGAGAUUCUACUACGCCACUAAAGCUUUACAAAAUAUCUGCCCCAGACACACACUUAGUAUGUGCAAAAACAGACCAACAUUGCAAUAUGUUGUGUGGAGGAUUCAGCAAUUCUGAGAUUCGAUUAUGGGAUCUAGGACAUAACAAUAUCAAAAGGAGGGUAAAUCGAAAUAUAUCUGAAGUUGAAUUAGCAUGCCAUGUACCACAUGAUUUGAUGCCUGAAGAUAAUACAUUGCAAAUAGGAGCAGGUAUACCAUUGAGGGGGCAUUCAGGUCCUGUGCAGGCUGUCUGUGUACUCACUAAAGAAGAAUUGGUUGUAUCAGCCUCCCAUGACAACACAAUAAGGGCUUGGAAUCUGACAGAUUAUUCCUGUGCAGCAAUAUACAGAGGUCAUAAUUAUCCAAUAUGGUGCAUGGAUGUAUCGAAAAACGGUCUCUUUAUUGUAACUGGUUCUCAUGACAGGACAGCCAAGCUAUGGUCUUUAAGUAGAACAUUUCCUAUAAGAGUGUUUGUGGGCCAUAUGUCUGAUGUGACUUGUGUUAAAUUCCAUCCUAAUGAAUUGUAUAUAGCUACGGGGGGAGCAGAUCGUACAGUUCGUUUGUGGACAAUAUCUGACGGAAGACUAGUGCGUGUUCUGUGUGGACACCGCGGCGUAGUCAGGACUCUCGCCUUCGCACCCUCUGGCUCCUAUUUAGCUAGUGCUGGCGAUGAUAAGAAAAUUAAAGUGUGGGACUUGGCAGCAUGCACUUGCAUACAUGAAUAUAAAGGUCAUCAUGGGAAAGUUACUGCCUUGGACUGGUCAUCUAUUGGGAAACCCAGUCUCACAAACCGAAAUGCAUCACCAGAUAACUCACUUUUAUGCUCCUCGGGCAUGGAUGGUGUAGUCAAAGUAUGGGAUUGUAAUUCCAAAAACAAACAAAUAUCCAGCCAAGAUGUCCAAACAUCAACAUACAAUACAAAAUGUUCGUAUUUAGUUGAUGUGCAAGUCCAUCCAGAGUGGGUUGUAGCUAUUGGUACAAAGAGAUAAACACAAUUACACUGCCAACAUAAUUAUAUUUUAAGAAUUAAUGUAAUACAAUAAAGAAAACAAGUUGUGUGUCUUAACCAGAACUUAUGAAGUAAAUCUCAAUAUUGAUACAACAAAACAAAAACGAUCAGACAUUGUUUAAAAUAACUCCAUGAUUUAUACAAUUUUGUGAACCAAUAAACUAGAGUUUUUUGAAAAA